AUGGCACAACUAGACGGGUUGCAGAAAGGUAUAGUAAUUCACGAAGUUGGUCAUGCAAUUGGACUACAUCACGAACAAUCAAGAUUAGAUCGAGGAAAUCACAUUAAGAUUUUAUGGGAAAAUAUACCAUUAAGUAAGCACUCGCAAUUUCAUCUGACUUUAGAUUUUAAUCAUCAAGUAAAAUACGAUUUAUCGUCCAUUAUGCAUUAUUCUACUAUGGCAUUUAGUAAGAAAGCAUUCGAAAAAAAUACUAUUGUCAGUAGAAAUCCUCAUCUUCAGAGAUUAAUGGGUAGAAGUAAUAGCUUAAGUUUCCGAGAUGUAAAGCUUACAAAUAAAGUAUACAUGUGUGACUAUUCUCUUCCGUGUGGAGGUAACAUAACACAAGAAACUAUUAUCCAAACUCCUCAAUAUCCAUCGAGAAAACCUUACGAUAGUUGUAGUUGGUGGAUACAGGCACCUAAUGGUAAAAGAGUUAAAGUUGAAUUUAUAGAUUUUAGCUUCAUUCCUCGUUUUAACAGAAGAAAUCAUAAAUAUAAUGGAUUCUGUGUUUCAGAAAGAGUGGAAAUUCGAACAGACAACCUUUAUAAAGGAAAAAUGUAA